UCCAGAGAAACAGCCGAUGGAGACCAAAGAGCACAAGGUAGAGGAAGCGCCACCGCCGGAGGCCCAAACCUUCGUUUCACAACCUCCGUCGCGACCAAUUUCCGGUCAUUCCCCACCCAACUUAUAUGCACUCUUGUUAUUGUCAUCUUUCUGUACUCAACGCAGGGGUCUCAUUUGUUUUGGGUUCUCUCAUACUUGAAACUUGAAGAGUUCUAUGUAUUUCUCUUCAAUAUGUGAUUGGUUAUUGCUUGCUUAUCCCAAAAAAUCUCCUUUUUAUUAUAGCAACAAAGAGUUUAUAGAUUGGGUGAAAAUAGAGUGUGAGACUGAGUAACUUACUAUUACUAGCUAUGAAGCUAAUUGAAAUAGCUCAAAUGGUGUGUGGAUCUUGCCGCCGGCUGCUUACAUACCCACCAGGAGCCAAGCACGUCAAAUGCUCGUGCUGUCAGACUGUCAACUUUGUGCUAGAAGCCCAUCAGGUUGGCCAGGUCAAAUGUGAUAGUUGUACAUUGCUGCUGAUGUACCCAUAUGGAGCUCCAUCAGUUAGGUGUUCCUCUUGCAAUUUUGUGACAGACAUUAGGGAUCACAACAUGCGCCCUCCAUGGUCUGUUCAACAAGGACUACCUACUCCACCAUCCAAUUCUGUUCACUAAAAAGCCAGCUUAUAUGAGGCAUGUGUUCAAAUUGUAUAUAGGUAAACUUGAUCAAGCAAUGUACUACUGUGUUUUGGAAACUUUGAUUUUGAUCGGUGUAAUAUUUGUCCCUUUUUAUUUUGGUCUUAUUUGUAGAGAAUGCUGUACCUCUAAUUUGAUUUUGAUCGGUGUAAUAUUUGUCCAUUUUUAUUUUGGUCUU